ACCACCAUCAUCAUCAACUUAUUUAUUCGAGAGGAUGACCUACAACGUUGUUCAUCGACGAAACUUCAACAAUCUGUGAUGAAAUCAUUGGUGUCGGUGUCAUAUUAUUAUUAUUUUUUUUUUGACAGUUUCAAGUAUAUUGAACCAUAAAACUGAAUAUUUUUUUUUUUUUUAAAAUAACGUGACAAACAAAAAAUACCUUGUGUAAAUAAACAGUGGGGAAAAAAAAUGUAUGCUUUCCAGGGACACAAUCAAGCACUCUAUUAUUUAACGCAGUUAACGAAUGGUUUUAGACCAAAAUCAUCUUCAUUUGCAGUCCGUGUUUAUCAGCCAAUUUCCAAUGCUCCGGAUGUUUUAUGCCAAGAAAGUUUUCUUGAGGCAAAACGAAAUUGUACAGAAUUACCUGGUGAAAUAUUAACAACCACGGAUUUACCAAAUAUUCUAAAAUUACGUAAUAAUAAUAAUAAUGUAAAAGAAAUUGAAAUUGAUGAUAUUCAAGUAAAAAUAACAAAAAGAACAAAAAAACGAAACAAUAAUAAUAAUAAUAAUAAUAAAUGGAAUGUGUCAUAUGUAUCGGGAGCAAAUUUCAAUGAAAAUAAACAAGGCUUUAGAGAAAUACAAGACUCGACAUUAUUGUCGAUUAAUAAUAAUUUUAAUAAAAAUAAAAAACAAUUUUAUGGAAUAAUUCACGUUGGUAAAAAUUCAAUUCUCGAUAUACAAAUACGUGGCUUUAAAACACAACGUAAUAUUCAAAAUGACGAGGGUAAUAAAACUUCAAUUACAUCAAGAUUUUUAAAAUGGAUCACAACUAAUCCAGAUAAUUCGCAAGAUGCAAUUUGGCGACAUAUAAAACGUAAAGAUUUCACUGAAAAUGCAUGGGAUUCAAAUAAGGAAUUAACGCCAGAGGAACGUGUAAAAUUGGCAUUUGCCGAAGGUUUUGUUGAGGGACAAUCGAGAAAAAGUCAAAAUAGAUUAAAACAAUUUUUUAAAGGACUUCAAUCAUUUCUCAUUGUUUGCACAAUAUUUGCUCUCUUUCUAUUAGGCGCGUAUAAACUACGCGUCUCAGAUGGUGGUUUAUUUAGAAUGCAAUUUGGAGAGCAUCAGGAAAUUGAUGCGGAAAUGGUUAAUGUCACAUUUUUGGAUGUUAAAGGGAUUGAAGAAGCAAAAGCCGAAUUGGCAAAUGUAAUUGAAUAUUUGAAAAAUCCGGCAAAAUUCACUGUUCUUGGUGGUAAAUUACCAAAAGGUGUAUUGUUGUCGGGUGUGCCGGGAACGGGAAAAACAUUAAUUGCCCGAGCCGUAGCUGGCGAGGCUGGUGUUCCAUUUUUCCACGUUGCCGGCUCGGAAUUCGAUGAAAUUCUCGUUGGCCAAGGCGCAAAACGAGUUCGCGAAUUAUUUAAAGCUGCAAAGGAGCGUGCACCGUGUGUGAUUUUUAUCGAUGAAAUCGAUUCGGUGGGUUCGCAUCGUACAACCUCUGCACUUCAUCCAUACGCGAAUCAAACGAUCAAUCAACUUCUUUCUGAAAUGGAUGGUUUUCAUCAAAACGAAGGAGUAAUUGUAUUGGGUGCUACAAAUCGUCCAACUCAAUUGGAUCCAGCAUUAUUACGACCUGGACGUUUUGAUGUUCAAAUACACAUUGAUAAGCCCAAUUUUCAGGGAAGAAAUGAAAUAUUAAGACUCUAUUUAUCGAAAAUAAUUCACAGCGAUGUGGAUUUGAAUAAAUUGGUGAAAAGUACAAUAGGAUUUACUGGUGCCGACAUUUCAAAUAUGGUAAAUCAAGCUGCUUUAAGAGCGGCAUUACACAAUGGUGAUAAAGUGAGUAUGGAUGACUUACUGUACGCAAGGGAUAAAAUAAUAAUGGGUCUUGAGCAUAAAAAGGAAAUUGAUGUCGAAAUGAAUAAAAUGGUCGCCUAUCAUGAGAGUGGACAUGCACUUGUUGCUUAUUAUAAUAAAAAUGCAAAUAAUUUACAUAAAGUGACAAUUGUUCCUCGAGCUGGUACUUUGGGACACACCUCCUAUUUACCCAGGAGGGAGAUUAAUAGUUAUACAAAACGCGAAUUAUUGGCAGAUUUAGAUUGUAUGAUGGGUGGACGCGUAGCUGAGGAAUUAAUUUUUGGUUCGGAUAAAGUAACCGUUGGUUGUUCAGGUGACUUAAAGAGUGCGAAUAAAAUUGCCGAGCGUAUGGUAAUGAAUUAUGGAAUGUCGUCGAAAGUUGGCUUUCGAGUUAUCGAUAAAGACACAUCAAACACUGUUGUUCACGAGGAAGUGAAAUUAAUUCUCCAGGAAUCGUACGAACGUGCAAAAUCAAUUUUAAAAGAACAUUCAAAAGAAUUGACAAUGUUAAGUGAAGCACUAUUAAAAUAUGAGACAUUAGACUUUGAUGAUGUGAAAAAUCUUCUCGAGGGUAAAAAAAUGAAAGUUCAACAAGCUUCCAAUUUGCCAACGAAACUCGAUCGAAAUCUUAAAGACGAUCCCGUUGAUGUACAAAAAAAUAUUCUUUAACUUUAGGUUCGAUUAUACAUAUUAAAUUACAAUUUCUGUACAGUAUAAUAAUAAUAUUUUUUUUUUUACUCUAGACUGUAAAAGUUUCAAAAUUAUAAAGAAAAAUCCCAUUUUUUUUUUUUAUUUUUAAAUUUUUUUCUUAUGGGUGUUAAAUUGACUUUUGCAGUCUAGUGAAAGCGAAGAAAUUUUUUUUUUUUAUUUUCGAGAACGACGACGUUUGAAUUGUGUGAGAAUUUAUAUUAUUAUUGUUUUUAAUUACCUGCAAAGAGAGGCAAAAAAAAAAAAAAGAAAUUUUCAAUCUUGAAAAAAAGAAUUCCCUUUUUACUGUUUACUUAU